UCACGUGUCGAUCUCUGAGUCCAUAGGCUAUCCGGCGCCAGAGGAGGUAGAGGGCGGGCAGGAUGAAGGACUUGGAGAGCGCGCAGGAGAGAACCCGGAAGUGGGGCGCCGCAGAUCCAGGCCGCCGAUGGAAAGGAACACCCCUGAUGGCACAGGCCCCAUGCACGUGCCGUUUGGGCACAUUGUGGCCAAUGAGAAAUGGCGCGGGUCGCAGCUGGCACAGGGAAUGCAAGGAAAAAUUAAACUCGUUUUUGAGGAUGGCCUGACACCGGUAGAUUUUUACUUGUCUAGCAGAUCCUGCAUUCUUUAUAUCACCGAAGCUGAUUUGGUGGCAGGAAAUGGCUACAGAAAGAGACUUGUUCGGGUUAGAAACUCCAGUAAACUUCAAGGGAUUGUAGUAGUUGAAAAAACGCACAUGAGUGAACAGUACUUUCCAGCCGUACAGAAAUUUACUGUGCUGGAUCUGGGGAUGGUGUUGCUUCCAGUGGCCAGCCAGACGGAGGCGUCCUGUCUCAUUAUCCAGUUGGUUGAAGAGCAAACCAAAGAGCCCAAUAAGAACCCUUUACUCAGGAAGAAACGGGCUCUGAUCUCCGAGCCAGCCCUCCUUCGAACUGUGCAACAGAUCCCAGGAGUCGGGAAAGUUAAAGCUCCUCUCCUGCUCCAGAGGUUUCCAAGUAUCCAGCAACUGAGUAAUGCUUCCAUCCAAGAACUGGAGCCGGUGGUUGGACAGUCAGUGGCCCAGCACAUUCAUGCGUUCUUCACCCAGUCCAGGUGAUGGCUCUUCCCAUGGCAUCUCCUUUACACGACGAACCACAGGAUCUUUUUUUCUUUCUCAUUAAGAAACAAUAUUUCCUCUCACAGAAACUAGGGAAGGAUGAAGUGAGGCCUGAAUGGCACCUGCCAGUUGUCCUGCCCUGCUUUCUGGGCUCAGGUAUCUACUUCAGGUAGUGUGCCCCAGAUGGCACUGCCCGCACCCUGCUAGCAUGAAGAGGGCUGGUGGACACCUUCCUAAGGGAGUCGGUUUAAACAGGGACUCUCAAGAUUCAGCAAAAAGCCAGCUUGGGCAGAUUUUAAUGUGUGACCUUCACCUGUAUCUAUCAUGGAAGGUGGUGGAUGUGACCGUCUAAAGGAAACCAACCUACAAUGAAUGAAGCACUGUGUACCAUAAGCCCCUUGUUCCUUCUGGCAGAGCCACUGUUCUUCAGGUCUGGUCUUAAUACACCUGUGCUUUGAGGGUGGCUGCCAGUGUAAACAAACAAUUGUCCUGCCUUUUAUCUUCCUUCCUUCCUUUCUCCCUCCAUCCCUCCCUUCCGGGUAGCUGCACAGUUUGUUUGUAAUCACUGAGCAUGACUUCUGAACACAGAAAGCCUGGAGUCCAGAGUUCCCAUUUUAAAAUAAAAAGCCAAUGUGUGCGAGGGAGGGAAAGAAUGUGUUUGUAAAUGUAUCGCCCAACAAUGGGAAGAGAAAAGGGAAAAUGGCAGGUGCAGCUGCAUCCAGAGAGGAGAGCCUGGGGAUCAAAAUGUACAACUGCUCAUUCAAAAAAUAAAUACAGUGAAAGAGGCUGUAUGUUUUCAGGGAUACUAAGAUAACUUGAGAGCUAAGUCCUGUUUUGUGGAAUGUUAGUAAUUUUUAAAAAUCAAAUACAAUAAAAACAUUUUGUGCA